UUGGACUGUCUACUACUACAGCCUCCUGCAGAGCUGUCUGCAGCAAGCUGGCCUUCCGGAGACCCAGGACCGCAGCCAGGCGCCCCGCACAGGUGCCUGAGGGCUCCACAGAGGGGGGCCCCCCUGGAGGGAGGGAGGCAGGGAGGUGCCCACAGCCCAGUCUGCUUCCCAUCCCUGUUAAGUUGGCCCCUUCCCCCAGGCUCUGGCAGGUCUGAAGCCCUGGAGGCAAGCCAGUCAACUUUGGGCAGGCCGGCACUGUUUCCAAGGGCCCCUGGCGGCAUUCAAAGUCAGAGACCAAGGCCUCCCUCCAUCCCCAGAAGAUCCGCAACCCACAUUCUGUGGAGCGAAGGCUUCUAUAGAAGUGCCUUAGAGGCAGCCAGCCGUGGGGACCCAAGACUUCUGCCUUGCUUUACCUGUUUUACAUAAUCAGGCUGCCCUGGGAUGGAGGUGACCUUGUGCAUUCUGGGAUCCCCCAGCACCUUUCUGUCUGUGCUGCUGGAAGGUGGGGUCCAGAGUCCGGGUGAGUGUGCCCCCAAGUUCCCCCGCCCCCUCAUACAGAAAAGGCAGCCCUGCCCUGGCCCAACCACAUCCCAAAAUACCCGCCAACCCUGGCAACUGCCUGCAUUCCACUGGACCAGUUGCCAUGCCCUAAGUGGGGGUGGGCUCAGGAAACAGCUGCCCCUCACUACCCAGAGGCCUGGGCUGGAGGUGGAGGGCAUGGGGACAGGAAGCCUGUCCUGGCCAGCAACCCUCCCCCGUCUGCCCACAGGAAACAUGCUUCUUUGCCUGUCCCCUGCUUGGCUGAUGAAGGUGCCAGCACCAGGGCAGCCAGGCGAGGCGGCCCUUCUGGUCUCCAAGGCAGUGAGCUUCCACCCUGGGGGCCUGACAUUCCUGGAUGACUUUGUCCCCCCACGCCGUGUCACCUACUUCCUGGCAGGCCUGGGACUGGGGCCUGGCCGGGGUUGGGAGGCAACUGAGCUCGCCCGCGACCUCACCUGCCCUACAGGAGCCUCGGCAGAGCUGGCCCGGCUACUGGAGGACCGGCUGCUGACAAGGCGAUUGCUGGCCCGGCAGGGUGGUGUGGCUGUGCCAGCUACCCUGGCUUUCACCUACAAGCCGCCAGCACUGCUGCAGGGAGGAGAUGCCAGCCCGGGACUGAGGCUGGUGGAGCUGAGUGGCAAAGAGGGCCAGGAGACACUGGUGAAGGACGAAGUCGGGGCCUUUCUGCACUCCGAGGCCCUGGGUGAUGCCCUGCAGGUGGCCAUCAAGGUCAGCAGCUGGCGCUGGCGGGGGCGGCAGGUACUGCGUCUGCACCCACGAGCAGAGGUGGGCACAGUGGUGGACACAGUGCUAGCGUGGUUGGAGAAACUGGAGGAGGAGGAGAGUGUCCUAGUGGAGGCUGUGUGCCCACCUGCCCAGCUGCCCUUCCCAGGCAGUCCCCAACCUGGCCCUGAGCUGGCUGUGCGGAUCUGUGCUGUGGUGUGUCGAACGCAGGGUGACAGGCCCCUGUUGAGCAAGGUGGUAUGCGCCGUGGGCCGUGGGGACCAUCCUUUGCGGCACCAGAGCUCUUUGCCGCGGACGCUGGAGGUGGCGCUAGCCCAGUGCGGCCUGGGCGAGGCGACGCAGGUGGCGGUCGUGCGGCGGAGCGUCAAGGCCGCAGCCGAGGCUGCGCUGGCAGCUGUGCUGGCUCUGGAGGCCGGCCUGAGCGUUGAGCAGCGCGGCGGGCGCCAGGCCUACACUGACUUCCUCGGCGUGGACUUCGCGCUGACGGUGGCGGGUGGCGUGCUGACCCCCGUGGCCCUGGAGCUGAACCGAGGCCUGUGCCUGGAGGCGUGCGGCGCGCUCGAGGGGCUCUGGGCCGCCCCGCGCUCGGGGCCGAUGGCCGAGGAGGCGGCGGCCGCCGCACCGCUCGUGGAAACCAUGCUGCGGCGCUCCGCGCGCUGCCUCAUGGAGGGCAAGCAGCUGCUGGUGGUCGGCGGGGGCGGCUUCAGCAAGAAGUUCGUGUGGGAGGCGGCGCGCGACUACGGGCUCAAGCUACACCUGGUGGAGUCAGACCCCAACCACUUUGCAUCCCAGCUGGUGCAGACCUUCAUCCACUUUGAUGUGACAGAGCACCGGAGGGAUGAGGAAAAUGCACGGUUGCUGGCAGAGCUGGUGCGGGCACGUGGCCUGCAGUUAGAUGGCUGCUUCUCCUACUGGGAUGACUGCCUGGUGCUCACAGCCUUGCUCUGUCAGGAGCUGGGUCUGCCCUGCAGCCCCCCGGCCGCCAUGCGCCUGGCCAAACAGAAGAGCCACACCCAGCUGCACCUGUUGUGCCGCCAAGGCCCGCCCUGGCCCGCGCCCUCCCUCCAUGCUGUGCCUUGCUGCCCACUGCAGAGUGAGGCUGACGUGGAGAGGGCCGUCCACCUGGUGCCCUUGCCAGGUGUCAUGAAGCUGGAGUUUGGGGCAGGUGCGGUGGGUGUGCGGCUGGUGGAGGAUGCACCGCAAUGCCAUGAGCACUUUUCCCGGAUCGCCAGAGAUCUGCAGGGUGAGGCUGACCACCCCGGCAUUGGGCUGGGCUGGGGCAAUGCCAUGCUCCUCAUGGAGUUCAUUGAGGGCACAGAGCACGAUGUGGACCUGGUGUUGUUUGGCGGGCGACUGCUGGCUGCCUUUGUUUCCGACAAUGGACCCACACGUCUGCCUGGUUUCACUGAGACGGCAGCCUGCAUGCCCACUGGGCUGGCACCGGAGCAGGAGGCACAGCUGGUACAGGCAGCCUUCCGCUGCUGCCUGGGCUGCGGGCUGCUGGAUGGGGUCUUCAAUGUGGAGCUCAAGCUGACCAGGGCUGGGCCGCGGCUCAUUGAGAUCAAUCCCCGCAUGGGUGGCUUCUACCUGCGGGACUGGAUCCUGGAGCUCUACGGUGUGGACCUGUUGCUUGCUGCUGCUAUGGUGGCCUGCGGCCUGCAGCCUGCCUUGCCCACUCACCCACGGGCUCGUGGCCACCUGGUAGGUGUCAUGUGCCUGGUGUCCCAGCACCUGCAGGUGCUGAAUUCCACUGCCAGCCAGGAGGCCCUGCAGGCUCUUCAUGACCGGGGCCUGCUGCGCUUCAAUCUGUUUAUGUCUUCAGAGGAGGCCCUGGUGCCUAGCGAGUACGAGGAGCCCUACUGCAGUGUGGCCUGUACUGGGUCCAGCCUAGCAGAGGCCCGCCUCCGCUUGCUGGGCCUCUGCCAGGGCCUGGGCAUCGAUGGGCCCCACUACCCGGUUGCCCACUUCCUGUCCCACUUCAAAUAGCACUGGGGCCCGGGGGCAGGGGCAAAGUGCUGGAGGGAGGCUGUGGUGCCUUCUGCUACCCGAUGCUCCCCCUGCCUCUCUUUCCAUAGCCCUGCCCCAACCAACCUGGCCCAACCCACUCCAAAGCUUCAGGUCUGUUCCAGGGUGGCAGGGUCAUUUUGACACCAAGGCCUCCUGGGCUUGAAGGCCACAGAAGAAAGUAUCUAGGGGGCUGUUGGGCCCUCUUGCCCUGCCAAAGGCCCCAGUCCAGCCCACAGCUGCCCCAAGACUCUAGCAGUGGAGAAACAACAACAGCUGCACAUAAACACACACAUCCCCCCCACCCCACCCCCAGGGAAGUGGGAAUGGGCCCAAACCCAGCCCAUCCUCCCCACCCUUCCAAGUGUCUCUCUCUUCUUGCCAUCUAUGGGAAAAGAGAACCUGGCAGGCCCCUGGCCUUGGACAAAUCCCAAGAAAACCUGAGACUAAACCCCAUCAUUUAACAAAUUCCAGGAUAGUUCCAGAGCCUGGUGACAACUUUUUGCAGUGCCGCACCUGCAUCAUUUGGCUUGAGCAGUAGAAGCAGGUAACCUGGGGUCAGGAGUAACCAUCUCCCCUCCAGGUAAACACAAUUGCCCCAUUCUACAGAUGAGGAAACAGGCUCAAAGAGGGAAAUCCACUGCCUCAAAGUCAUAUCACAGUGGAAUGAGGGUUGAGGGACAAGACGUAAGGUCCAGGUUUCUGCUUUUACUAAGUCUUACAUGCUCACUCAGCUUCUAGGUCCUGCUUACCUCCCUGCCCUCAUUCAUAUGUGGCCCGGAGACAUGUGAACCCCCCCACCCCCCAUGCAUGAUGUAUCUUCUCCACCAAGCUUCGGUGCUUUGGCCUCUGGCACACCUAACUAGCAUUGGCAGAGGAGAGUCUACACUCCCUUCCUAAGUCAGGGGAGGCUGCUUUAAGAGCUCCUGCCUUUGCGCAGCACAGGAGCUGUGGACAGCUCCACAAGUAUCCCUCUCCAAAUAAAGCCUUAAGGACUACUGAAAUGUCCAGAGUCUGGGAUAGGUUCUUGUGACUUGGACAACGCCUCUCAGGCUCAGCUAGAUGGGGGGUGGGGAAGGGAGGAGGGAGAGGUGGCCAGGGGAUACGUGUAGCAUCUGGAGCUAAGGAUAACCGCCACACUGGCCAGGCCUUUGGAUUGACCUUCGGUGGGGGCCUGCCAGGGGCACCCACACCAAGACCCAAACCUGAGGGUUUCCUGAGGAUGGAAUUACAACCAGAGGGCCACAUCCAACCAGAUAAUCUUCCUCCAGCCUGGAGACACCUGAGGUCUCUCCAUCUGAGUUCAUAUCUACUCAUCCAGGGCCUGAUCUGGCCCAAGUUCACCCCUACAAAGCCCCAUCUGACAAGAAUCCAUGUCCAAAUCUAAAGUCACAGACCAGGUUCGGUGUGUUCAUUCAUUCAUUCUUUUAACCAAGUUUUAUUAAGCGCCUAUUCUGUACCAGGUAGCCGGAUUACUAAAUGUGCUUAAAUUGGCAACGGAGCAAACUCCAGCACAAGCCCAUAUUUACAGAUGGAUUAAUGAGACACAAAUGCCUUCUGGCAGGAACCUGGCAACAAUGCCUGGAAGUAAGCAGGGCACGGAGCAGU